ACCGCGCAUCGGCGGGCACGGCCCGGCCCGGCACAGCCCGGCCUGCGGCGGGAGCACCUGGGAGCAGAGAUGGAUAAGAUACUGGAAGCUGUGGUGAUGUCUUCAUACCCCAACAACGUGAAGCAAGGGCUUGUGAGGCGCGUCAUUGAGGCAGCAAAGCAGCCCAUGGACAGUGAACAGUGCUGGUCCAUGCUUGAGCUGUCGACCAAGCUUUAUCUUACUGGGGACACCAAGUAUAAAAGAGAGAUUGGGAAAGAGGUUUUGGAGGUCUACGGCCACUACCACCCAGAGGAGUUUGAGGAGUUCUUCAAUGUCCGCUUCCUAUUGAGUCUCCUCCAGGAAGGCUAUGGGCCUUUGGGAAAAAGAAGCCAUUAUGUACUCGAUUAUAUCCAGUUAGGACUGCAGUUUGUCUUGGAAAGCCCAUCAGCAAAUAGCAUUUUCAACUUACUGAGGAUCGAAGUGCUCCGGAAAGUCUGCGAGAGGCCCAGCCCCAAGCAGUGUGCUAAAAUCAGUAAACUCUUAACCCAGCAUCCUCAGUGCAUUCCCACGGGCAAACACCAGAUCUUGUUUUGUCAGCAGCUGAUACGGUGCAUCGGGCAGUUCCAGUGCAUCUCCGAAGGGGAAGAGGACAUAAUGGAGUUUUUGGAGCAGGUGAACAAAGUGAGCGGUCUGCUGCAGAGGAUCUGGAGGACUCAGACUUCAGCCAUCCUUCCCUCUUUGAAAGAGCUGUUCACUAUCAUUUCAUCGACAGAGGAGCAGGAAGCACCAUCAAAUGCCUUGGCCAGCGUGGUCCAGUUUGUCCCUCUGGAGCUUAUGGAUGGUGUCAUAAGAAACCUAACCAACGAUGACAGCAUCACUGAUGUGCAAAUGAUGACAGCCAUCAGUAGGAUGAUUGACUGGGUGUCUUGGCCGCUGGGAAAGAACAUAGACAAGUGGAUCAUCGCUCUGCUGAAGGGUUUGGCUGCAGUGAAAAAGUUCAGCAUCUUGAUCGAAGUUACUCUUUCGAAAAUCGAAAAGGUCUUCUCCAAGUUGCUGUACCCCAUUGUGAGGGAAGGGGCUUUGUCCGUCCUGCAGUACAUGCUGCUGAGUUUCCAGCACUCCCACGAAGCGUUCCACCUGCUGCUCCCUCACAUUCCCAGGCUGGUGGCCUCUCUGAAGAAGGAGGACUCCAACUCUGCCACCAGCUCCCUGGAGCAGCUGGCUGAGCUCAUCCACUGUAUGUUCUUCCGCUUCUCAGGAUUUCCAGAUCUCUAUGAACCAGUCCUAGAAGCAGUUAAAGCUCUUCCGAUUCCGAACGAAGACCGGAUUAAGCAUCUCUUGGGACAGAACGCUUGGACCUCCCAGAAGAAUGAGUUGGCUUGCUUCUACCCCCGUCUGGCUUCCAAAUCUGAGACAGGAAAGAUUGGGUUAAUUAAUUUGGGAAACACCUGCUACAUGAACAGCAUCAUACAGUCUCUUUUCAUGGCUUCAGACUUUAGGCAUUCGGUGUUGAAUUUAGCAGAAGGCAACUCCCAGCCCCUGAUGACAAAGCUCCAGUGGCUCUUUGCGUUUUUGGAGCACAGUCAGCGACCUGCCAUCUCACCUGAGAGCUUCCUCUCUGCCUCCUGGCCGCCUUGGUUUACCCCCGGUGCUCAGCAGGAUUGCUCGGAGUAUCUGAAGUACCUGCUGGACCGAUUACACGAAGAAGAAAAAACCGGAAAAAGGAUCUACCAGAAACUCAAAGAAUCCAGCUUGAUGUCUCAGGCCAUUGAACAGCAUUAUUUAAACAAGACAUUAAUUGAGAAGAUGUUUGGGGGUAAAAUGAUGACAAAAAUCCGCUGCUUGAAGUGUCUGAAUGUCUCCUCUCGAGAAGAAGCCUUCACAGACCUGUCCCUGGCUUUCCCUCCACCAGACAGGAAUGUGCUUAGCACAGGGAGUGCAUCUGUUUUACCAGUGGAAGAAAUCGGUCCACAGUUUAUUGAGCCUCCUGGAAACCCAAGCCAGAUAAUGGGAUCUCCCAGGAUCCAGAGGAAGCCUCAUGUGUCUGGAGACCAUGCAGCCCACCUGGUGCCGGUGGAAACACUGGGUUUCCAGGAGCCGGGAGACCAGGCAACUCCCUUAAGCAGCAAUGCUGUUGGCAUGGAUUCAGCCAAAGACCCUCUCUUGGCUUUUGGGGGGCAGACAUGCAGUCCCAAGGACUCCAGAUCCGUUCCCGAUUUAAUCAAUUAUUUCCUGUCCCCGGAGAGACUGACAGCAGAGAAUAAAUAUCAUUGUGAGAAAUGUGCUUCUUUGCAGGAUGCUGAGAAAGUGGCUGAGCUGACGGAGGGACCACACUACCUCAUCCUCACCCUGCUGCGGUUCUCCUUUGACCCAAGGACCAUGAAGAGGAAGAAGAUCUUGGAUAAUGUCUCCAUUCCCUUGGUGCUGAAGCUGCCUGUUCUUGUUACCCCAGAAGAAAGCGAGGAUGUUUGCCAGCGCAGGAAGGACAGAGCUGCACCGGGCAGCAGUUUUGUCUCUGUCGUGUAUGACCUCUGUAGCGUGGUGGUGCACUCAGGGAUCUCCUCCGAGAGUGGCCACUAUUAUUGCUACUCCAGAGAGUGCAGUGAUACCCUCACCUGUGGGCAGCCCCGGGAUGGCGCACAGAAACCUGCCUCUGACAAGCAGUUGGACUUUGAAAUCCAGUGGUACCUCUUCAACGACACCAGGGUUUCCUUCUCCUCUUUCGAAUCGGUCAGCAACGUGACCUCUUUUUUCCCCAAAGACACUGCCUAUGUGCUCUUCUACAGGCAGCGGCCGGGCAGGCAGAGCUGCCUGAUGCACGAAGCUGGGGCCGAGGCUAGCCGCCCGCACGGCGAACCCUCCCUCAAUAAGGACUUGAUGGAAGCCAUUUCCAAAGAUAAUAUCCUCUACUUGCAGGAACAGGAAAAAGAAGCAAGGAACAGAGCUGCCUACAUUUCCGCCUUGCCGAAAUCCCCUCUGUGGUGGAGAGACUUUGACAGGGACAAGGAUGAUGACAGCUCAUCGGGGGGCUGCAGCCCCGCUGCUGGGGGAGGAGGAUCCGGCUCGUUUCACGGACUCGUCUUCUAGGGAUCAGGUUAAAUCAGACAUUCAUGUCCAUGUGUCUAACCCAGCCACUGGGCUGACCUGAAGCCAGAGGCUCCUCUUUCUGGUACCGGUGACAGCAAGUGUCUCGGAGAAGGAUUUGGCCUUGAAUCUUUCAAUGAAAAAGGACUCACGGGCUGAUUCAGAGACUGUGUGUCUGGCUGGAGCUAAAUGCUGGCGCCUGGAGGGUCCUACCGCUUUCUAUGCACUUGAUCUUAACGCCUUAAAGUAACACUAGUAGCUAAGCACCUACGGAGUUGAGCA